CCCCUGGCCAUCACCCCACUGUUGUCUGUGUCCAUUGGUUGCACAUAUAUGUCCUUCGGCUGCUCUCUUCACCUGUCAUCCAGUCCCCCCCGUCCAAAAGCUGUCAUUUCGAUUAACUCCUCUUUAACUUUUUUCUUCUCUUAUUGUUUUUGCUUUCGGUGUCAUCUGUAAGAAUUCUUUGCUUAAACCCGUGUCCCAACCAUGUAGUCCUGUUCCCUUCUAGUGUGAGUCUUCCAACCACGCGUGCAUUUCCUCUGGGUUGUCUAAAUGGUUGGCAAGACAGGCCUGGGCCGGCCCUGUGGACUUUUCUAAAAGUCUCUCAAAGGUUCAAAAAGCCCCAAACCAGCAGCGUCCGGCCUCAGCCUGCCUGUGCCUCCUGCUAAGCAACCCCACGCCCAGCACCUGUCACAGCACAGCCUCUCCCAGCUCAGGCAGCUGCCCCACAGAGCACUCUGCAGCUCCUACCAAGUGGCCCCGGGCGGGCACAGGCAGCGGCUGACCUGGGCCUGCUCCCAGAGGCCCAGGACCAACUCCUGGUGCAGGCGACAGCAGGAAGAAUCUUAAAGACGGAAAACCUACGUGCCGCUCGCUUCGACCUCUGGCCUUGCUCCUGGUCACACUCGUCCUCUUUGGCAUGGGGGUCCUGAGCCCAAGAAUCCCGAUGCUGGAGACCAGACCAGAAGGCGAAGGGAUGGUUUAUCCGCAGCCCAUGGCGCUGACACCCUCGAGGAAAGACGUCCUGGUCCUGACCCCGUGGCUGGCGCCCAUUGUCUGGGAGGGGACCUUCAACAUUGACAUCCUGAACGAGCAGUUCCGGCUCCAGAACGUCACGGUCGGGCUCCCCGUGUUUGCCAUCAAGAAGUACGUGGUCUUCCUGCAGUGCUUCCUGGAGACGGCCGAGCAGCACUUCAUGGUGGGGCACAGGGUCCACUACUACGUCUUCACCGACCGGCCGGCCGACGUGCCCAGCGUGGCGCUGGGGGCGGGCCGCCGCCUGGUGGUGCUCGAGGUCCCGGGCGCCGCGCGCUGGCAGGACGUGUCCAUGCGCCGCAUGCAGAUGAUCAGCGACUUCUGUGAGCGGCGCUUCCGGCGGGAGGUGGACUUUCUGAUGUGCGUGGACGUGGACAUGCGCUUCAGCGACCACGUGGGCGUGGAGAUCCUGUCCCCGCUCUUCGGCACCCUGCACCCCGGCUUCUACAGGGCGGCCCGCCAGGCCUUCACCUACGAGCGCCGGCCGCAGUCCCAGGCCUACAUCCCCCGGGACCAGGGCGACUUCUACUACUUGGGGGGCUUCUUUGGGGGGUCGGUGGCCGAGGUUCAGCGGCUCACGAAGGCCUGUCACCAGGCCAUGAUGGCCGACCGCGCCAAUGGCAUCGAGGCCGUUUGGCACGACGAGAGCCACCUGAACCGGUACCUGCUGGACCGCAAGCCCACCAAGGUGCUGUCCCCGGAGUACCUGUGGGACGAGCAGCUGCUGGGCCGGCCGGCCGUCAUGAGGAAGCUGAGGUUCGUGGCGGUGCCCAAGAACCAUCAGCAAAUCCGCAACUGAGGGGCAAGCCCGGGGCGCGGGGAGGGCUGGGGGCCAUGCUCCCUCGGGACCCCCAGAUGGGAACCUUUAUGGCCGCUGGGGCCGACUGCGCUUCCCUUUUCUGUCCUGGGGAGGGAACCUGUGGGGGCCUGGCACUGCCCCACCCCCAACACAGGCCUUGGGGCACCUCCGCCCUGGGCACAGGCAGCGGGAGACCGGCCCCACUCCCGGGCACGGGGCCUGGAGCGGCCGGGCCAUCGCUCCCCUGGGUGCCCCUUGGGCCCUUCCGCUCAGGUGAGGCAGGUGGUCCCGGCCCCUCCUGACAAACAGCAUCCCAGACGAAGUCCCUCCAGGGAAAGGUGUGCACCUCCUCUUCCCCCCCUCUCCACGCGCCUCCCGUGUGCAGAAAACUCGGGAAAGCCAGUGUUUUCAAAAAGGCCGAGGGGCACAUGGGCACUUCCUACGAAGGAAGCCCAGGCCCCAGCAGGUGCGGAGGGAGGUGGGCGGGGCCCUCUGGAGGACAGUGCAGGCCCGCAGGUCCCAUGGGCGGCACCUCCCGCAGCCCCAUCCGAGGAGGCCACCCCACAGUGUUCUUGCACAAUUUUUCAAAGAUGUAUUUUUGAGCGUCGACCUAUGAACCAGGAGGUCAUGGUUCGAUUCCUGGUCAGGGCACAUGCCCAGGUUGUGGGCUCGAUCCCCAGUGUGAGGGGUGCAGGAGGCAACCAGUCAAUGAUUCUCUCUCAUCAUUGAUGUUUCUCUCUCUCUCCUUCUCCCUUCCUCUCUGAAAUCAAUAAAAAUAUAUUUUUUCAAAAAAGAUGUGUUUUCGAGACUACCCAUCAGAGCACUGGUGAAAUUGCCAGAAACUGGAAACCACGUGCAUGGAGAGGGUUGGACCCAUCGAUCCUGGUCCACACGGACGCGGCAAGCCGAGCGGCUGCUGCCGUGGGUGCAGGUCUCCACGUGCCCACAGACAGACAUCAGGGUCCUCUUAGGUGAGACACGUGGAACCUGCUGCAUCCAGGACCCCACCCAUUAGCCCAUGCACGUGUGAUUGCAAUGGGCAGACACGUGUAAAGGAGUCUGCGUGUAACAGAGACGGACAGACAGACAGAAAGAGAGGCGGAGCCUGAGAUGCCCACAAACCACUCAUGCUGGUCACCUCUGGGGUGGGACUUGCGAAUCUCUUAUCGUCUCCUUGUCUAAGUUUCUGCAAUGCAUGUGACUUUAUAGUUCUGAAAUAUUAAAGGCAUGUGUUCAGUGUUCAUGUACUACUCAUCUAGGGAGAAAGUGCAUUAUGUAGCAUUUACUAUUUAAAAUAUAUAUUUUUUUUCAUUUUAAUUUUUAUUGAAUUAUUUUGGUGGCAUUGGUGAAUAACAUUAAAUAGAUCUCAGGCGCACAAUUCCAUAGCACAUCAUCUGUAUAUUGUAUUGUGUGUUCACCGCCCAAAGUCAAGUCUCCUUCCAUCACCAUUUGGCCCCCUCUACCCUCUUCUACCUCAUUAUUUUUAUUUUAAGUAAGAAAAUUGAGGCUUAAAAGAAUAACGUAGAUAGUAAGUGGUAAAGCCUGGGUCUGAGGUAAGACUUGCCUGAUGCUCUUUCCAGAAAGUCCCAUUUUCUCCCAAGAGGCAGGCGCACAGAGGAGAGUGACACUGAUCUCGCUGUGAGUGUGGAUAACUCAGCACAUCUUCAUGUGUAUUUAAGUGCAUGUAGUUAGUGCUCUUUUCUGUCUGCUCACGAGGAAAGAACGUACAUUUGGAAACAUGGCCACCUGAAAACCUAGGCACUGUGUUAGAGUGAAGACCUAUGAAUCACUCGGUCUCCUUUGCAUCCAGACACCUGGCGUCCGUGAAGCCUUCAGUGAGAUCCGUUGUUGCAUUUGCUUACAAUAUACCCCAGUUCCUCCAAACAAAUGAAUGAACAAGCAGGCAGAGGACAGAGAAUCUUUAGGAUGCUUAUUCCACUGCACUCUGCGCAAUAAAAUAACAGAGCUAACAAAUUUAAACGGAAUAAUUUCGAAUUUUACCUUUGAAUAGGUAAUAUGUCACUAACGUGUUAAAAAGAUAAACCAUUACAAGGUAAAAAGUCUAAGUCACAUCUCUUCCUACUUAUCCUAUUUUUUUUAGCUUUUUAUAGAUAUAUAUUUUAUUGAUUUCAGAGAGGAAGGGAGAGGGAGAGAGAGAUAGAAACAGCAAUGAUGAGAGAGAAUC